AUGGUAUUGAAAUCGACUUCUGCUAGUGAAAUUUCGGUAUACCAAGUAAGUGGUACCAAUGUUGCACGGUCAUUACCAGAUUGGAUUGCCAAGAAACGUAAGAGAUCAUUGAAGAAUGACUUGGAAUACCAGAAUAGAGUUGAGUUGAUUCAAGAUUUUGAGUUUAGCGAAGCCUCCAAUAAAAUUAAAGUCACUCCGGAUGGGAAUUAUGUGAUGGCUACUGGUACUUACAAACCUCAAAUUCAUGUUUAUGAUUUUAGUAAUCUAUCAUUGAAAUUUGAGAGACAUACAGAUGCCGAGAACAUAGACUUCUGUAUACUUUCUGAGGACUGGACUAAAUCCGUUCAUUUACAGAAUGAUAGAACCAUUCAGUUCCAAAAUAAAGGUGGUAUCCAUUACACUACUCGUAUUCCCAAAUUUGGUAGGUCCUUAGCAUACAAUAAAGUGAACUGUGACUUAUACGUCGGCGCAUCAUCGAAUGAACUUUAUAGAUUAAAUUUGGAGCAGGGUAGGUUUUUAAACCCUUUCAAACUGGAUACAGAAGGUGUUAAUCAUGUAUCCAUCAAUGAGGUGAAUGGAUUAUUAGCAGCAUCCAUGGAAACAAACGUCGUUGAAUUUUGGGAUCCAAGAAGUAGGUCAAGAGUCGCCAAGCUUCAUCUUGAAAAUAAUCUCGAUUCUGCAGACUUCCAAGUAACGUGCUCAAGCUUCAAGAACGACGGACUCAAUUUUGCAUGUGGUACUUCCAACGGUUACUCUUAUAUAUACGACUUAAGAACUUCUGAACCAAGCAUAGUGAAGGAUCAGGGUUAUGGUUUUGCAGUGAACAAGAUUAUAUGGUUAGAUUCAGUAGAGGAUUCCAACAAAAUUUUGACAUGUGAUAAGAGAAUUGCCAAGAUAUGGAAUAAGAACGAUGGUAAAGCUUAUGCCUCAAUGGAACCAAGUGUUGAUAUCAACGAUAUUGAGCAUGUUCCAGGCACUGGUAUGUUUUUCACAGCCAAUGAAGGUAUUCCAAUGCAUACGUAUUAUAUUCCAAAUCUAGGGCCAGCGCCAAGGUGGUGUUCGUUCUUGGAUUCGAUCACAGAAGAAUUGGAAGAGAAACCAAGCGAUUCUGUUUACUCGAACUACAGAUUCAUCACGAAGGCAGAUGUGAAGAAAUUGAAUUUGACUCACUUGAUUGGCUCCAAGGUUUUGAGAGCAUACAUGCACGGUUUCUUCAUCAAUACAGAGUUGUAUGAUAAGGUAGCAUUGAUUGCUAAUCCAAACUCUUACCGUGAUGAAAGAGAAAGAGAAAUUAGACGUCGGAUUGAAAAGGAAAGAGAAUCAAGAAUCAAGAGUACAGGUGCUAUUACUACAUCUAAGGUCAAGGUUAACAAGAUGUUGGUUGAUAAGUUGAGCGAAAAACGUGGUGAUAAAGUUGCUGGUAAAGUAUUGGAAGAUGAUCGUUUCAAGGAAAUGUUUGAAGAUGAUGCCUUCCAAGUGGAUGAAGACGACUAUGAUUACAAGCAAUUGAAUCCUGUUAAAUCUGCUAGAGAAACCUCGGAAGGUGCCGCCAAGCGUAUUAGAGCUUUGACGGCGGCUGAAGAAUCGGAUGAAGAAAGAAUAGCCGCUAGAGAUGGCAAAUCUAACUAUUCAGACGAAUCUGACUCUGAAUCCGAAUCUGAGUCUGAUGAAGGAAACGGUGAAAGAGAUCAAGAUAUGUCAGAGAAGGAAAAGAAGGCCAUCGCUAAGCAAGUAGCGGUAGUGAAACGUAGAAGAGAGGCAAAAGAGAAGGAACAAAAGUUCAUGAAUGAAUUGACUGUGGGGCAAAUAGAAUCUCGCGAACAAGACGCAAUUAACAUGACAUUCGAUAAGAAGGUAAAACAACUUAAUAAAGAGAUUGGUUCCAGUAGAUCUAAAGAUGCAAUUGUACGCAAAAAUCAUCGUGGUGAAGCUGAACUAACGUUUGUUCCAAAGAAGGCUCCUCAAAAGAAGAAGAAAGUUAAAUUCGAAAACAACAGCGAUGGUGACGACGAUGAUGAAACCGCCAAGGUGGACAAUGGUAGAACGAAGCCCAGAUUCGACGGAAGAAGAAGAGCUUCUAAGAAUGUUUUCCGUGGCAUGUAA